AUGUCUGGACAGACGGGAUGUGGUUUCUUGGUAGACUGGUAUCGGGAUAGGACGGGUUUUCAGGGACUACGUGAUGAAAUGCGGAGGAAUGUACAAAUCAAAGACUUGAGAUCAUGCGCCAUAGCCAACGGGACAUCUAUUCUUCUCAAGUUGUCUCGAAGCAAAGAUGGGUCUUUGUUACGAAAGUCAAUGUCUUCAGGUGGAUAUGGAAAAUGGAACGAGGGUUGA